GUGUGUGUGUGUGUGUGUGUGUGUGUGUGUGUGUGUGUGUGUGUGUGUGUGUGUGUGUGUGUGUGUGUGUGUGUGUGUGUGUGUGUCCAGGUUCAGAGUCCAUUAAGGGGUUGACUGCAUGUAUGAAUAUCUUAAUGUUCUCAUGUUGCCUUUUGUCAAGCAGCCAUCUCACCACCUGUCACUCACAGCAGAGAGAGGGAAAACACGAACCCUUUGAAAGCUUUCCUUCACUCAUAGUUCUGUGGUAACGUCUCCAGGCUUUUAUCUCAAUGUAUGUAAAAAAAAAUGGACAUUGAUUGUGUCAGGUUAUUAUUUUUGUGCAUCUUUUGUACGACAGGAUUGUUUUUCCAGGUUCCUAUCAGGUCUUCAUUCAAUUCAUUUCACUCUUUUGAUUUCAAAAAGCAGAAAGUAGAAAACUAUUAAAUGUAGAGUAAAGCACAGAAAAUGUGUGUCUCAUUUACUCUCUUUACUGUCUUUUUCUCACUGUCCUUUUUUUCCCCUCACACACACACACAUUCAGACCAUGAGGCUUUGAAAGCUGAGCUGAGAUAAUAGAGGCACUCAUGACGGGGGGGAGGGUGUAUCGGCGUCGAUGUUGUAAACUGGCUGUAAAUUUCAAGGCUCUUCCCCGCCCUCCCAGAUUCACGUGUGAUAUGUUGUGUUUGAGUGUUACACAAACUCUUCAUUGUCAUGUCACUCCACACACACAUUUGACACCUGCUGUACAGACGCACUAAACUCUCGCUCAUUGUUGAAAGAAGAACAAAGUGAAAGCUGAUUGUGUACUGCCAGUAAUCUCUAAUAGUGACUUCAGAUGGACAGCAGUGAAGGAAGUGGCCUUCCUCACCACAGACAGCCUUAUCUUGCAGUUGCCUUGGACGAAGCACAGCUGGGUGUUCUUGGGCAGCGGGAAGAAAAAAAUGGCCUCUCAUUUGUGGAGAGGGUGAAAGCGCAGUGUUGGUUUUCUCGUACUAGGUUGAAAAGCUUCCUGCUGAGCUUUUUUCCCGUCCUGUCAUGGCUUCCUCGCUACUCCAUCAGAGAAAACAUUGUUGGAGACCUGGUGGGUGGAGUGAGUGUCGGGAUCCUUCAGCUGCCACAGGGUGAGGAUGCAGGUAUGGCCAAUGCCAUAGUGGCCGGAGUUCCUGUAGUGUUUGGUCUGUACACCGCUCUCUAUCCUCUGAUCAUCUACUUCAUCUUCGGCACGUCAAGGCACCUCUCCAUUGGUCAUUUUGCUGUCUUGGCCAUCAUGAUUGGGUCUGUUACAGCUAAUGUGGAGUUGCUUAGCAACAGUGAUGAAGAGAGUCAGGUUGAUGUGGAGGCAGCCAAAGUAAAUGUAGCUGUACAACUCACGGUCCUCUGUGGCCUGAUACAGCUCCUACUGUACUUGCUGCGUGGAGGUGGCAUGUGUCGCUGGAUUUCUGACCCUGUGAUCCGAGGCUACACCACAGCAGCAGGUCUGCAUGUGAUCAUCCUGCAGCUGCCACUGAUGACUGGAAUACCUACACAGAGACACACUGGUCUGAUGGCUUCAGCAUGGACGUUGAAGAGUGUUCUGUAUGGACUGACCAGCUUUGUACCAGGAGAUCUGUCCGUCUCUGUGGUUUCCACAGUGAUACUCAUCGGUGGCAAGAUGCUGAAUGAGAACUUUAAGAACAAGUUGCCCCUUGCCAUACCCUGGGAACUUAUACUGGUUGUGCUUGGCACCGUCAUGUCAGUGCUGAUGGAUCUGAGUGGACAGCACAGAGUCCAGGUGGUGGGACACAUACCCACUGGCUUGUUGCCUCCAGUCCUUCCAUCUCUGUCUCAGAGCAGGGAGCUGUUUCUUCCAGCUUUAUCUAUGGCUCUGGUUAGCUUCUGUUUCCUUUCAGCCAUUGGCUCAGUGUUUGCCCAAAAACAUGGCUACAAAGUGGAUCCCAGCCAGGAGCUGCUGGCUGUGGGUCUGUGUAACACCAUUGGAGGAAUGUUUCAGUGCUUUGCCGUCAGCUGCUCCUUCUCCCGCAGCAUGGUCCAGGAUAGUAUCGGUGUCAAAUCUCAAAUGGCAGGUUUGAUAUCUGCUCUGGUGAUUCUCACCAUCCUGUUGAAGAUUGGUCCUCUCUUUGAGCAGCUGCCAAAGGCAGUGUUGGCAGUGAUCAUUGUGGUGAACCUGCAGGGGUUCCUGGCUCAGUUCAGAGAUGUGUGUGUGCUCUGGAAGUCUGACAGAUUAGACAUGCUGGUGUGGGUGGUGUCACUGAUGUCCACACUGAUAUUUAACCUGGACCUGGGUCUGGCUGUUGCCAUCGUCUUCUCUCUGCUCAUACUCCUCUACAGGACACAAAACUCCCCCACUGUUGUUUUAGGUCGUAUUCCCGGCACAGACUGUUACAGAGACGUGGGACUCUACACAGAGGCAAAGCAAGUUCCUGGGGUGACCAUCGUCUCCUGUUCCAGUCCAGUUUACUUUGCCAACUCUGCACUGGUCUUUACACAGAUCAGAGAGACAGUGAGUCGCUGUCAGAAGGAAAACCCAGCUCAAGUCAGCACUGCUUCCUCCUCCUCCUCCUCCUCCUCCUCAACCCAGACAAUAAUAACACACACUCACUGCUUGGUUGUUGACCUCAGCUCAGUCAAUUUCUUUGACUCGAUGGCCAUGACAGCUUUCUGCAAGGUUGUUGAUGACUUGCAUGUCCAGGGUGUCUCUGUGUAUGUGGCAGCAUGCUCAGACGGCGUUUUAUCCCAGCUUCAGACUCAUGGCUGUGUUCCAGACACACUGCCCAGUUCCUGUCUCUUCCCAUCGGUACAUCAUGCUGUCCAGCGCCACCUCAGUCGGUUGCCCAGGCCUCUGGAGGAAACCCAACGAGACAAGUGAUUAUUGAGCGGCUGCUGCUUCUGAAAGGACAGAAAAACAGAACAUUCGCUGCUGUCAAACACUUGCACUGCGCUUUUCUCAGUGAUAAAUGUGGUUGUUCCCAAUUAGAGAUUUAAAUGAGUGGCCUCUCAGUCGAGACAUUUUUGAGACUGUGACCAGGAGACGAUGGUGUCAGUCCAUCUACCUUCUCCACUGUACCAGACAUCCCAGAUGAGACUUGAACCCACAAAAUGGAGGACAGUGUCUUGUUAGACGAUGUUUGUGUUGAUGAAAAGCAUAAUUCACUUUCCACUGCCUUGUAAGUAAGAUUGCUGUUUAAAAAAAGAAAAGUUUUAUCCACGGGUUAUUAAAAAUACUCACGCUUUCAAGGUUAUCUUUCAAAACAACGUUAUAAGGGAGGCGGGGUCAAGUUAGUUCAGUUGAGACAACUUGAUUGAUCCCCAAAGACAAUCCAUUUUCAUUUUCCCCUAAUUACAGUCACACAAACAACAUGUUACCUGUCAAAGUGCACAUCAAGAGAACUAACGUCAUCAAGCAAUAAAUGGGUAGAAAGACAUUUGUGUUGUCUGUCCUCUUAAGCCAGUAAAAAAUUACCACUAUCGAAUUUGAAUAAACUGGUUGAUAAUA